AUGCCCUCACCUGAGGCCAGAGAGGCGACUGCGGGCUUACAGAUGGGGCAUAUGGCAGGUGACAGGCCAGGAGGCACUGCCAAGUGGUGGGGGUGGGCAGCAGGCACCUUGCCAGGCCCUCAGCCACACAGCUGUUCUUGCCAAAACGGGGGCCAGGAGCAGCCUCAGCAACAGGCAGAGGCCAGUGUCAGGGUGGGGGAGGGCAGGGGCAGCCCCCACCUCCCGGGAACCAGCCCAGUGGGGAGAGCCAGCAGUGUGUAUGGCCCUGGGCCAGUGAAGGCUGAAACCACACCUCUUGAGAGACCCCACCCCUAA